CUUAAUUUACUGUAAAACUGUAUUCCUCUUAUUUAUAUAUAUAACGCCCUCCAAUGAGACUCCCGGUCUUUUCUUGGCUUUUCUUGAUGGCCAUUUACGCACUUUUCUUGAUGACCAUUUCUGUCUUCGGGGUGUCUAGCCCAUGUUUCCGCAAUGAGCAGUCCUUGUUGCUGCAAUUGAAGAACAAUCUUACGUUUAAUUCUACUAUGUCCACUAAACUUGUUAAGUGGAAUCAAAGUGCUGAUUGUUGCUCUUGGCAAGGUGUAACCUGCAACGAGGGCCGAGUUAUUGGUCUCGACUUGACCAACGAAUCCAUCUCGGGUGGACUCGACAAUUCAAGCAGCCUUUUCAGUCUUCAGCAUCUCGAGAGCCUGAGUUUGGCUUAUAAUGACUUCAACCUUUCUCAUGAGAUUCCAUUAGAGUUUGACAAGCUUGUGAAUUUGAGUUAUUUGAAUCUAUCAAAUGCUCUCUUUGUAGGGCAGAUUCCUAUUGCGAUUUCGCGCUUGACAAGCUCCAGGUAAUGAGUGGUGUCGGGCAUUAUCAUCUUCGCUCCCAAAUCUGAGAGUGUUGAGCUUGUCAUCCUGCAAUCUUUCUGGCCCGAUUGAUUCCUCCUUGCGGAAUCUUCAUUCCCUCUCAAUUAUUCGUUUGAAUGAUAACUACUUUUCAGCUCCAGUUCCAGAAUUUUUUGCAGAUUUCAAAAAUUUGACAUCCUUGGAAUUCUUUGAUUGUCACCUGAAUGGAAAAUUUCCGGAAAAGAUCUUCCAGGUUCCAACGCUACAGACGCUUGACUUGGCAUAUAACUUUCUACUUGAAGGUUCUUUGCCAGAAUUUCCUCCAAAUGGAUCUCUUCAAACCAUGCUUCUUGGCGGAACAAGUUUUUCUGGGACAUUACCGUCUUCUAUCGGUAACCUUCAAAUGUUGUCAACAAUAUCUCUUCGUAGUUGCAAUUUCGUUGGAUCAAUUCCAGAUUCAAUGGCGAGCCUCACACAAUUGAAGUAUUUGGAUAUCUCAUACAACAAAUUCAGUGGAUCAAUUCCAGAUUUCAGCAUGUGCAAGAAUCUGACUACUGUAAGGCUUUGUAAUAAUUAUCUGUCAGGUGAGAUUAUUUCCACUCAGUGGGAAAAACUUUUGAAUUUGGAGUUGGAUAACAAUUUACUGAAUGGGAAUAUUCCAGAUUCUCUAUUUUCA